GGCGGGGUGGGCCGGGGACGCGAGGCGGAGCGGGGCCCCACACAGGCCGCGGCGGCUGGCUCGGGCCCCUACGGUCCCGGCGGCGGCUGGAGGAGGAAGCCAGGCGGCCGGCGGAGGAGGGGAGGCGGACGAGGCCGAGGCCGGAGCGCCGCUCGCCGCACGCACAGUUCCCGGGCUCCGCAGGGAAAGGUUCUUAGGAGGUGAGCACGGACGGUAUGCAAAGUUGUGAAUCCAGUGGCGACAGUGCGGAUGACCCUCUCAGUCGUGGCCUCCGGAGAAGGGGACAGCCGCGCGUGGUGGUGAUCGGCGCCGGCUUGGCUGGCCUGGCUGCAGCCAAAGCGCUUCUGGAGCAGGGCUUCACCGAUGUCACCGUGCUUGAGGCUUCCAGCCGCAUCGGAGGCCGGGUGCAGAGCGUGAAACUUGGACACGCCACCUUUGAGCUGGGAGCCACCUGGAUCCAUGGUUCCCAUGGGAAUCCCAUCUAUCAUCUAGCAGAAGCCAAUGGGCUCUUGGAAGAGACAACGGAUGGGGAACGCAGCGUGGGCCGCAUCAGCCUUUACUCCAAGAAUGGCGUGGCCUGUUACCUUACCAACCGCGGCCACCGGAUCCCCAAGGAUGUGGUUGAGGAAUUCAGCGAUUUAUACAACGAGGUCUAUAACUUGACCCAGGAGUUCUUCCAGCAUGGAAAACCAGUCAAUGCGGAGAGUCAGAACAGCGUGGGGGUGUUCACCCGGGAAAAGGUGCGUAACCGCAUCCGGGAUGACCCCGACGAGCCGGAGGCCACCAAGCGCCUGAAGCUCGCCAUGAUCCAGCAGUACCUGAAGGUGGAGAGCUGUGAGAGCAGCUCGCACAGCAUGGACGAGGUGUCCCUGAGCGCCUUUGGGGAGUGGACGGAGAUCCCGGGCGCCCACCACGUCAUCCCGUCGGGCUUCAUGCGGGUGGUGGAGCUGCUGGCCGAGGGCCUCCCGGCGCACGUCAUCCAGCUGGGCAAGCCGGUGCGCUGCGUGCACUGGGACCAGGCCUCGGCCCGGCCCCGCGGCCCCGAGAUCGAGCCCCGGGGCGACCACAAUCACGACGCCCCGGGGGAGGACGGCCCCGGAGGCGGUGGAGGCGUUGGCAGUGGCGGUGGCACGGGGGCGCCCCCCGGGCGGGGCCGCAACGACAACGACGACGACGGCGACCGCGAGGACGCGCCGUGGCCAGUGGUGGUCGAGUGCGAGGACUGCGAGGUCAUCCCCGCCGACCACGUGAUCGUGACCGUGUCCCUGGGCGUGCUCAAGCGGCAGCACGCGAGCUUCUUCCGCCCGGGGCUGCCGGCCGAGAAGGUGGCGGCCAUCCACCGCCUGGGCAUCGGCACCACGGACAAGAUCUUCCUGGAGUUCGAGGAGCCCUUCUGGGGCCCCGAGUGCAACAGCCUGCAGUUCGUGUGGGAGGACGAGGCGGAGAGCCGCACGCUCACCUACCCGCCCGAGCUCUGGCACCGCAAGAUCUGCGGCUUCGACGUGCUCUACCCGCCCGAGCGCUACGGCCACGUGCUCAGCGGCUGGAUCUGCGGCGAGGAGGCGCUGGUCAUGGAGCGCUGCGACGACGAGGCGGUGGCCGAGAUCUGCACCGAGAUGCUGCGCCAGUUCACGGGGAACCCCAACAUUCCAAAACCUCGUCGAAUCCUGCGCUCGGCCUGGGGCAGCAACCCCUACUUCAGGGGCUCUUACUCAUACACGCAGGUGGGCUCCAGCGGGGCGGACGUGGAGAGGCUGGCCAAGCCCCUCCCGUACACGGAGAGCUCCAAGACUGCGCAUGGAAGCACCUCAAAGCAGCAGCCCGGUCACCUUUUAUCUUCCAGCUGCCCAGAACAGUCCCUGGACCCUGCUAGGGGCCCCAUCAAGCCCAUGCAGGUGCUGUUCUCCGGGGAGGCCACCCACCGCCAGUACUACUCCACCACCCAUGGUGCUCUGCUCUCGGGCCAGCGCGAGGCGGCCCGGCUCAUCGAGAUGUACCGCGACCUCUUCCAGCAGGGUCCCUGAGGCGGCCCCUGCCCGCACGGCCCUCAGAGGACCGCUGACUCGUGAUGGCCCUGCCCCUCGCUGGGGGGGGGGGGGCUCCUGACUCCCCAGUCCCUGGUAGGAUGGAUUCUGACUGCUAGUACUAGCCACCCCGGCCGAGUCCGCGCCUGGCCCUGUAGCGCUUCCCUUUCUUGGCGCCAGGUCGUGACCCCGGUGGGCACUGUUGAUUUACCUCCUGUGACCGUCCCCUCUCUGCCCCCUCCAUCCCCCUUCUCGUCAUUGUAAGUGCCUUCGAUACUUUGCAUUUUGGGAUAAUAAAAGAGGCUCGCCCUUCCUGUGCUCCUCA